CUUUCUCUCAGUUCCCUCCCCUUUUCCUCCUCCUCUUCUCUUCCCUCCUCCCCCUUGUCAUGGCAUCGUCUACGGUUGAGAUGUUCUGCGGGAGGAUGGGUGAAAGAACUCACAACCUCCUCAUGGACAAGUGGGGCCUCAGUGACAAGGAAAUCGAGGUGGAUGGCACUCACAAAUGUGUGCAAGAAGGUGUGUCGCUCUGUGUGUCAUCCUUCAUCAUCUUCAGGACCUUUGUUACAUGCUUCCUGAGGCACCGGAACUCGGCAGCAUGAGGUACUUGCGAACAGACCGAUGGCUGUAAUUGCGCGACAGUGUAUGGUUUGUCGCAGCUUGUGCAGCAACGGGUUUGGUUCGAGGGCCGUGAUUGCCCUCUCGGAGGUCCUCCCUGUCAAGGCGCCUCACCUGCACACACUGAUCCUCUCAUACAACGACAUACACAAGUAGCCAGGCCAUGUGUCGUUUCAUCGAUUUUAUGUGUUGUCCGCAUCUUUCGCAGGAAUGGGUGCGUUGCUCUGCGUGACAUGCUGAUGGGCAGGUUUGAGCUGAGAAGUCUCUCUCUCGAUCACAACCAGAUCGGCGAUGAAGGUCAGCGUACAGCGACGCAGAAGAGAGAACAACACCGGGUCCCUCGUGUCACAUUCUGGCACAUGCAUGUUUCAUGCAGGCCUGGCCUAUCUGUCGGAAGCCUUCACCCACACACCCCACCUGCACUCGCUGGACCUGCGCAGCAAUGGCCUCACAGACAGCUCGUCCCACCUUCUGGCUGCCCGUCUCCCAUACUGUGUCUCGCUUACAAAGUGCCGCCUUGACGACAACAUGCUGUCGCCGGCAGGCGUGCAGAGACUUGUAGAGGCCAAAAAGCGGUGCGUGAGCUUAACCACCCUCAGCAUCGACAGACAGAGAGAGCGGAGCAUUUCUCGCGCCCACGAGACGGCGAGACUGGCCAGGGGAUAUCUCAAGAAGCUGUACAUGAAUGUGGUGCCUGUACUGCUGGCGUGCUAGAGAUAGAUAGAGACAGAGGCAUGGUGGGAAUGAAGAGUGAGUGGACGGGCAAGAAAGAGAAAAGGCAAAAAAAAGACCGAAGAGGGGAAGAGGGAAAGACAGUGCAGAUGGAAC